AUGCCCUCGCUUGCAGCCGCAGGCGGCCCGGAGGUGAAGCGCGAGCUGCUGCGGCGCGGGCUGGAGUGCCCCGAAAGCCUCUGGAAAAGCCCCCAGGCUGAAGAAGUCCAGGGGCUGCUGUCAGCAGCAAUUAAAUUUGUUUUUGGACUUUCAAUGACACAAAUCCGAGUUGAAGAGGCAGCGGGGGAGGCCAAGGCUGCUGCGCCCGACAGCCGCCCCUUCUUGACUCUGGAGGGCCGCACCCACCUGAAGGGCAUCGGGAACCUUCGCUGGUUUCGCUACUGCCAGAAGCUAGCCAAGGGAGUGCUGGGGUUGGCGGACUUCAGCAGAGCCUUUGUCUUCUCCCCCACCCCACAAACUGCGCUACGGCUGUCUGCUGCUCUUUGCUGCUUCCUAGCUGCUAGAGAUGCUGUUGCUGCUGCUGCGCUGCCGCUGGCUGAGGCGCUGCAGCAGCACCAGCUGGCAGCAGCAAGGGCGGAAGACGAGCUGCGCCAGACAGAGCAGCAGCUGCAGCAGCUCAAGGCCGACAGAGACGCUCAGCAGCAGCACGCAGCUCUUCUCCACAAAGAGCUGCAGGCGCUACGAAACACGGUGUCUUCGCUUGAAGUGGAGCUGCGCAGCACCGAAGACAAGAGGAGCCUGCAGCAGAAGCAGCAGCAGCGUCUACGGCAGGAGCUGCAAGAAGCAGCACAAGAGCUGCUGCGGCUGCAGCAGCAACGGGAAGAUUACAUGGACCAGAUCGUACACAGCCCAAACAAACUGAGACAGAAGCGGCUGGAGCUGCAGGAGGAGCAGCGAAGACAAGACACGCGCCUGAGCAGCCUCAGCAAGCAGCGGCAGCAGCAGCAGCUGCUGCAGCAGCAAGUUGCUCGAGCCCUAAAGAAGGCCCUCAAGGCUGAAAGAAUACUAACAGAACACCAGCACAAUCACUUAGAGGUAAUCCUCAUAAGCCUACAGGAGCCCCCUUGGGGGCCCCUCUAA